AUGUCGGAGGGGACCACAUCUCAAGAUGGCCCACCCCCUCAACCUCGAUCUUCUCAAGAUACCACGCCGACGUCACCUCCACCGCCUCCCGUACCAGCCGACGACCCGAAGCUAGUGGGCCAGGCACGAACACCUCCACCCCUGCAUCAUGCCGGUCCCCUACCAUCUUCGCAGGACCUAUUCAAGCUGUCCCCAAUAGCAGCGUUGAAGCUCUUGUCGACCGGUGUUGAGGCUCUGGUUCGUAUCACGGGCGAUAUCCCGCCGACACCGCCACUCGAAAAUCCCACCGUGCACAUGCGUGGCUUCCAGAAAGAAAAGGCAGAUAUAGCACGCUCACACUCGGAGAAGAACCUGGCACUGCUAGCCGAACAAGGAAAUGCUUCGCAAGAGAUACCCUUAUUCGCACCGCAGCCUGGGAAUCCUCGGUCCAAUGCACCAGUUUAUCAACCGAUAGACGGCGUGCACCUGCGACAUACGCCACCUCCGCCGGCUCCCCCUGUAUCGCCGGAACCGUAUAUUGUAAUCGGCGCCAAUUCACAGCCUCUGAAUCUGCAGCACAGCGCUAUCACGCGGAAGUUCUACUCGAAAGCGCCUCCACCGAUCAGCAUCGAGGAAUACCUCAUGCGCCUCCACCGAUGGUGUCCCAUGAGCUCAGCGGUUUACUUGGCUGCAUCCCUGUACAUAUUCCGGCUGGCAGUAGAUGAGAAGGCCAUCCCAGUUACUCGUAGGAAUUGCCACAGACUCAUCCUCGCCGGGCUUCGAGUGGCUAUGAAAGCUUUGGAAGACCUGAGCUAUCCACACGCCAAGUUCGCCAAAGUCGGCGGGGUCAGCGAGAUUGAGCUGGCAAGGCUCGAGAUAAGUUUCUGCUUCCUGGCAGGAUUUGAACUGGUGGUUCGGGAGGAGAACCUGCGAAAGCAUUGGGAGAUGUUGAAGAACGGUACAGGAUUGGCAGGACCGAAAGGAGGAAGCCUGUCGGAAGUGGGACGAGUACCCGUUCUCAGGCUGGAGCAUCGCAGGAAAGCCAACGCCAGCGAGGUAAACGGAUGA